ACCGACAUCAUCAAAAUGGGGGUGCUACGGGCUGUUGCCUGGUACAUGGAGAGGAACCCCCUGCCUGGAAAACCUGCCAUGGAACCUGGAAAGCUAGAAUUUAUGAAGCCACUGACUGCUACUGGACUAUUCAAGACUUACUUCCAAGCUGACGUCUCUCCCAACCGGUUCACCAAAGCUCUUAAGGAAAUCAUCGAUGGGAAUAAUCAAGUGGAGAUCUAUCACACAGAGGACAGCAGCUUCUUUUUCCACUGCGAAGACAUCGGCAAAAGUAUCCAACAGUUUCGAGUCCUGCAGGACUCUGUGCUCUCUGGUCUGAAAGGCCCGUUGACCUCAGCAGCUUUGGAAUCAGCUCGCCUAAGCACAGGAAAAGCCCUCCACAUUCUUCAAAAAUUCUACAGCAAUACCAAUUGGAUAGAGCUGGGAAACACCAAGCCAUACGAAUACCUGUUAAAUGCAACUCAUCCUGUGUUCCCUGUUGCCCCUGUUUCCAAGACAACCUGCACAGAUUGCACCAAAGAAUCAAGCGGCCGGUACUUGUGCCAAGGGAACAUACUCGUGGAUGAUUUGCUCACAAGUGGGUACAAGUUAUCCGCAACAUGCAAGACCAAACCUCAAGGCAAAUGUGGACACGGUGGAAGAAAUGACGUGACCCAAAAUUACCCCCCCACUGGGGGCAUCAACAAAGAGACCUCUGACCCCCUACUCUCUCCUCAUUAUCAUUUGCAUAAGAAAGCAGCUGAAUUAGCCAUACAGGCCACCAGGGACUUCUUUGUCGGAAGUGGUUCCAGCUUCUUGGAACUGGUGGGUCGUGAUGUUUUCCAGAGGUUUUUCAGCUUGGAUGGCUAUUCCCUCACCUUUGCGAUAGAUACGACUGGCAGCAUGUCAGACGACAUCCAACAGGUCAAAGAAGUUAGCAUCAAACUCCUUCGAAAGUAUUCGGGUUCCCCGGAUGCACCAUAUAACUUCAUCCUUGUGCCCUUCAAUGAUCCAGAUGUUGGGCCCGUCCAUGUGACCCAGGAUGUGGAUGCCUUUGAAUCCUUUAUUAGUGGCCUCACAGUUUAUGGGGGUGGCGACUGCCCAGAGAUGUCGUUAACUGGUCUGAAGCUGGCUCUGCAUGAGAGCAUGCCAAGAUCCAAGAUCUUCAUCUUCACUGAUGCUGGAGCAAAAGAUGCAUCCCUGUUGGAUGAAAUCAAAGUCUUGAUUGAUUCCUCGGGGUCUGAGGUGAACUCCGCCCUCACGGGGUACUGCUCCAGCCGGAAACGCCGAAGUGUUGACGAAGAGAGUCCUGAGGCCUCUCGCCGCAGGUACAGUAACCUCUAUGAAGAGCUUGCCGCUUAUUCCGGUGGUUAUUACAUGAUGACCACAAAGAGCGAGCUUACCCAGGUUCUGGGGAUCAUGGAGCUCUCCUUGAACGCUGCCCCUGUGAAGGUGACUCGGGCUCGUCUGCACGGGACUCAGUUCUCCUUCCCUGUGGAUGAGACUCUCACAGAAAUAACGGUGUCCAUCAAGAGCACAAGUUCGUCCAGAUUCAGCAUGAGUGUACUGCAGCCUUCGGGUGCCCAGGUAACGUCAACUGAAACGGUGAUCAGUACAGCAAGCCAUAAGGUUGUGAAGGUGUCUCGUAUUGACCAGCGAGGCACGUGGUCGGUGACCGUGUCUCCCAGUGGCUCCUACGAGGUCGAAAUCGGGGGCAAGAGCUUGUUCGACUUUUCCUACCAGAUCAUGCAGCAGUGGAAUGAAUAUGUGCUUCCCGUACAGGGUCGGCCGGUCAAAGGAUCCAACUACACGGUCUCCUUGAAGAUGACGGGAGAAUCCGAAGGUGCUGAGAUCCAACGCCUGGUCUCGGUGUCCGAACAGGGGGACUCCAUGGGCUCCCUCGCCCUGAACCAAACUUCUGACGCCACGGGCAGCCUCUUGGCCGUCGCUCCCCUUUCCUUCCAGGCAGCGACUACCCUGCUGCAUGUGGAAGGCCUGUCUCCAGGAGGUCUCGCCUUUUCUCGAGUCAACGCAGAUCCUGUCAGCACAGAGUCCGUAAAGCUUGUGCCUAUACCAGGCCAAAAUGGCACAAUGCCACCUGGUGGACUUCUGGAAGUCUCUGUCCUCGUGGUGAAUGAUGGGUCACAAGCAUCGUUUUCUUUCAAUGUCUGGGAUGACCUGGGUCUCCUGCAGAGCUUCAGGCCGAGUGGAAGUGUGUUAAAUCCAGGGGGAACUCUCAUCCUCACUGCUACCUUCCUGGCAACUGGAGAGAACAGCAGCUUUGCCUCCAGCAUUGCAACAUUCACAGCUAGAAGCUCCUCAGCCCAGAACUACCUGAAACUGCCCAUUACAGUGAUUCCUGAAACUGCCCUGGAGACAGAUGACAUCCCACCAGUCCACAGGCUUCUCAACUUUUACAUGCCUUGCGUGGGCCAAAUCCAGCAUCAAGCAGACUGCUCUCGGCACAUCUGGCACAUGAGGUUUUCUGCCAAAGAUGCUCACAGUGCUGUCACCGUCCGUAUCAACACCGAUCCCUCUCGUCUGUCUUGCCAGCCAAGGAGGACGAAUGACAGCAAGGAUGUCAUCUGUCAUUACGACGCAAACUGCUGUUCUCCCUAUGCAGAGGUCCUGAUCAGCGAUGAGAAUGGGAACACAGACAGUUUCACUGUGGACUACAGACAGCCCCAUCCCACUGUGGCCUACUGAUCGACUUCCUUCCAGGCAACAGAACAUGUGAAGUCGCAUUUCUUGGAACCAGUCGGCUCUGUCUGCUCAUGUUUCUUCCGUCUCCCUGCCAUAUGUUCCAAGGAGGAGAUGCCAUAUAGCAGCUUAAACUGAC